UUUCUUUUUUUAAAUUAUAGUGAAAGUGAUAUAAUACAUUUGCAUGCUUAAGAAAUAAGCAUGUCUGAGGAAUCAGGAGUCUAUAAUCUGCAGAUGAGCAAGGAAGUUGGAAUUCCUAUCAAAACAAUAAUAUCUAAUGACUCUACCAAACUUUUGAAUAAAGGUAUACGUGAAGUUUAUGAGCCGGAAGUACGUAAUGUGCAUAAACAUAUUUUAGAGAUCAUUCGUAAUCAAGGGGUUUUAUGUGACAGUAUUGAGCAAGAAUUUACACAGUUAGAAGAAUGUGUAAUGUUAAAAGAAGUUGCUGAAACCUUUGAAAAAGUUAAAGAAUACCAGAAAAAGUUGGUGUUUAUAAAAAAAGAAAGCAGCGUGUUGUUAGAUAGGAUACAAAAAACCAAAGUGAGAGCUCAAAAACUGCAAUAUCAGAAGGAACAAAAUGAUUUAGAUGCGGCAAGAGAGAAAGAAAAAAAUCGUAUUUAUGAGAGUGAACUUGUUGCCAAGCUUGCAUCAUCUGCUGAGACAAGUUAGUUGUCUCUUUAAAUUUGUUUUCACAGCUGUUCUUUUCCAAACUGUUUGUUAAUUAUACUCAUUUAUAUUUUACUAGUGCAAAAUAAAUUAUUUAAAAAGAUUAUUUUUAUGCCAUA